GGAAGUGACCAAUCAGAGCGCGGAUUGGCGAUGACGCCCUGGGAUUCCGCGAAAUUGUUUCUUUUGAGAAAGAGAACAGCGAAAACACUGCGGCGGCGGCGGCGCGCGCUCACAAGUUUUGACGCAGUUAUGAGGAAAACUAGCAAAGGCAACGGCACGACUCUGGGAUUUGACCGAGACACGGCUGGACAUUGUACAAGAGGCGUACAAAGCCCUUCUUUUUCACGUUCACGGGAAGACAUAUAGAUUACAUAGAUAAUCGCGGACACUCGUGGGGUGGACACCACGUUUCCUGGAGCUGACUUGAUUCUUCUGAUAAACGAGUUGCACAACUCCAAAGAAGAAAAAGCAACCUUUUGUGUUUUGGUUUUCUUUUCUCCCGGACACUGUGGAACUUGGCAUUUAGUUGCCUAGCUCUUGAAAGAAAGCUUCCAGACAAAUCAUGACGGAUGUGGAUGUUGCCGCGACGCACGCGCUGUCCUCCACGGACGGAGCGGAUGUGAAGGCGGAGAUGGAGAGCCAGGAGAGCCGCACGCUGCUGAUGGUGGCUAUGAUCCUGCUGGACUUGAAACGGUGCGGCGAAGUCUGCCCUAAGAGCUCGGUAGAAAGCGCCGCAAGCGGUCAAUCAGGCGUGAGGGAGAAGUGCCGGGCGGCUGCGAGCGAGCGGCGGGGGCGCAGCCGGCAAAACGCCGAGAAGAAGCACCGCUGCCCCUACGCGGGAUGUGGCAAGAUCUACGGAAAGUCAUCGCACCUGAAAGCACACUGCCGUGUACACACUGGUGAGAGACCAUUCCAGUGCACAUGGCCCAGCUGCAUCAAGCGUUUCUCCCGAUCAGAUGAGCUGACUCGCCACUUCCGUACACACACCGGCGAGAAGCGUUUCGCCUGUCCCCUCUGCACCAAGUGCUUCAUGCGCAGCGACCACCUGACCAAGCAUGCCCGCCGCCACGACGGCUUCCAUCCCAGCAUGCUCUGCAAUUCCAACGGCCGGAGACGCCGCUCUUCGGCCUCAACAUCCUCCUCUGGCUCUGGGGAGGCUGAGUGAUGUUUAGGACUUUUUAAAAACAACUUAUCUGCGCACCCUUCUGACGUGUACGCUGCCGGACUUUGUUGUGACCGUCUCUAGUCUGAGCUUUCCCUUUAUCCAUAUGCGUCAGGCGAAUAAAAGUUCUUUUACACACGUGAUCUGCUUAACUGACAGCAGUGAAGUGCAGCUGUAUGCAUACCUACAUUUUUGACAGGUGCAGUGGCAGAGGUGUAGGUGUGUGCUGUUAUAAAAUCUAGUCGCAUAUCAUGGUUUACAAUAAUUGUGAUGGCUAAGUGUAAAUUUCUCACAUAAAACCAAAACGGACCAGAUUCAAGAAUGAAGCCAUGCUGCGAAUCACUGUAUAGUAAAGAACUGAUUGAUUAUCA